UAUCGGUUGAAGCGUCACAAGGAGGCGGUACAGGGUUUGUUGUUGUUUUUAGUAGUGGAAAUAGAUCGUCGACAUUUAAAAAAAAAAAAAAAAAAGAAACUAAAAAUUUCGAAAAGAAUUGGAGUUGUACAUUUCAGGAUCCUGAUAUCUUUGUUUUGUUAAAGCCGUAACGGAAGGUUUUAGCUGAAUCCCUCUGCUGAGGAAAAAAAAAGAUGAGUAGCCAGUACCAGCGCUGCGUUCCGUUCGAGGCCAGGAGAUUGGAGGGAGAGAGAGUUCGUGCCAAGCAUCCGGACAAAAUUCCGGUCAUUGUAGAGAGAGCCGCGAGAUCACGUGCCCCUGAACUUGACAAAAAGAAAUACCUCGUUCCCUCAGACCUGACAGUUGGCCAGCUGUGCUUCCUGAUCAGACAGCGAGUAUGCAUAAGGCCAGAAGAAGCUCUCUUCUUUUUUGUUAAAAAUUCCCUCCCUCCUUCCAGCUCCCCGCUUUCUGUUGUGUAUGAGGAACACCACGAGAAGGACCUGUUCCUGUACCUGACCUACAGCAACGAGAGUGUGUACGGCGCCUGAGAGGAUAAAAAAUUUAGAAUGAGAGGAAGAGGAAGCCAGUGAGGGACUUUGGGAUGUGAUAGAGGAAGGGAUGGAAUUUAAACAGUGGUGUGGUGACAUUUUUAUUGUUUUACCACUAUUAAUCCAUUUUGUAUGAAGCUGAGCUUGCAGCGUUGAACAUCAGUGUGGUUUGAAGGAUGUAACUGGUUUGUGUUUAACUAGAAUGGGUUUAAUUACAUUUAACUAUGAAAGUAAGGCAUUGUAAUAUAAAUAUACGUGACGGAGGGAGAGAAGAGAUGUAACUGACAUAAAAAAGUGAAUGGGGGCAGUUUCAUGUUCGUGGUACAGUACAAAAUUAACCCACAUUUCCAUGACUCUGUCCCAGGAGUGACUCACCUGUAUUUAAUGAAAAUAUUAUUUUUUGUAAAAGUAUAUGAUAAAUUUUGUGGUCAAAAAAGACA